GAGAAGGCUUUUGAGGAAAUCAGCUGUAGACUCCAUCCACUGUGGAAUCAUGAAGAAACUGUUCGAGGGCCUUAAAGCCGACAUCAAAUUCCGAAGCGCAGGAACUGGGCGCAGACUGAUUGAUGAGGCUAGAGAGUUGCCUGACAAUGCUAUUAAAGAACGUCCACCACCUCGAAAGGAACCUCCAGGAGAUGCCCAAAUAGCUGCUGCAUCUGCAGCAAUAGCAAGAUUGGACUCAAAGCAAGGAAAGGGCAAGGGCAAGACCCCUCUCCGGGAUAAUGUUCAUACUCAAGCACAAGAUGUAGCGGUUACACAGGAGGUGAAAGUCGUGUCAAAUAACAAGAAAACUGAAACUGAAAACCAUUCUCUGUAUAAUAUUAUGUUUCGCUGCCCAUUAACUGGGGAAAUACUACGAAAGGAAGACAUUGAAGCACAUGUUAAAAAAAGUAUUGAAAUGUUAUCCACAGCUGAUCCUAUAUCUGCAUCCAUCAUGAAGAUUCACACAUUUAACAAAGAUAAAGAUAAAGUAAAAUUAGGAGUUGAAACUAUGGCAAAGUACCUCAGAAACAUUAUUGCCAAUCCUUAUGAGGAGAAAUAUCAAAAAGUGAAGCUAACAAACAAAGUUUUUCAGGAAAAAGUUAUAUGUCUGGAAGGAGCACAUGAUUUUUUUGAAGCAGUUGGGUUUGAGAAGAAGUCACUAACUUUACAAGGGCAAGAACUACAAGAAGAAUUCUAUGUAUUGAGCAGCGAUGCACUUGACCAGUUAAAGAACUUGCAAAGCUAUCAUGAUUCUUUGGUAAGUGGUGAGCCUUUAAUUGCCACUCUUGAUCGGCAACCACAGAUCUUUAUACCAUCCGAUCAAGCUGCAAACUUUGACCUGCCUGAUGAGUUUUUCAACCUGACUAUAGAAGAGGUCAGACUGGAUCAAAAACUAAGAACAGAGAAUUUAAAGCAAAAUUCCAUGCUCAAGACUAAAGCAAUGUGGGAAAGAGAAGAAAAACGAGAAAUAAGGAAAUAUAAAUAUACUGUUCUCAGAAUCAGAUUUCCAGAUGACUAUAUACUACAAGGCCUAUUCUAUGCCCAAGAACGGUUGUCUGUUUUGGUUGAUUUUAUUCGCCAACAUCUGCAGAAUGACUGGCUUCCAUUUAAACUCAUUGCACCUUGUGGCCAAAAGUUGGAGGAUGAGCAAGCUACCUUUAGUCAAUGUGGUUUGGUUUGGUCAGUCUUCAACAUCACUUGAACGUCUAGUAUCUGACUGGAUUUCUGUGUUACUUUACAUCAAGAGACGUACAAGACACAUUUAACAAUACCGACGUACAACACACUGGUCUCACAUUCUCACCAAAAAUGUAAAUGAAAAAAAGUAUACAGAGCUCUCUCAAAAAUUGGGAAAAUUCACUUUCAAUGCACAUUGUUUAUAAUCCAAUAAACCAUUAGCUGAAUUUUAAAUGCUUAGGUAAUAUUUAUCAAUUAAAUAGUGAUCACUUUUUUAUUUUAUUUUUCUUGGCCAAACUUCUCUUGUUACUCUUGUAAUAUAAUCAGACAAUUAAUCGCAUUUCCCGAUACACUUCAUUUUUUGGCAUCCAUCCUGUGCAACUGUGAAAACAAAACUUAUUUGGAAAUUAAUGAAAUAUCAUCAAAUAGGUUCAGUUAAUACGUGGAUUUUCAUUUGUUCUACACCAAUCUAAAAAAAGAAUCCAUUACAACAUAAACGGCUUCACAGAGAAAACAUUCACUGGUCAUAUUCCAUACAUUCCUGAUUCAUUAAUAUACAUCACACAUAUACAACAUACUUUAUAUCAUAAGAAACAUCCUAUGAACAUCAUCACAUAACUACAUACACACAGCUUUCCUAGAGACCUACAACACCCAUAGCACUAAACACUCCUCCUCAUCAUCUUCACUUUUACCCCUACCAUCAGGAAAAAAAAACACUCCAUUCAUUCAUCUCCAUUCAUUGAUCCAGGGGACCCCUGUGGUCCCCCCUGAAACCUUCAGUACAUUCCUGAACUAAGUAUUAUCACUUUUUACAGUUCCAACAAACUUUUUUGACUCUUCUACAUUCUUGUACCAUAGUAUCACUUACAUAAACACACUCACCUUUCCUAAUCUUACCUUCCUCUGUGCCUUCUGUAACAUACUGUUUCCCAUCCUCUUAAACAUGCAGUCACCUUUACAUUUCCCUUUGCCUUUUAGCUUAUAACUGUAUAUGAAUACUGUAUAUAACACUCAACCAUCAGUAAAUUCCAAACUUUCAGCUGCCUUAACCCCUUAACGACCAAGGACGUAUAUUUAUGUCCUUAGCCAGCUCCGCAAUAUAACGCGGGGUCACGCGGUGACCCCGCGUCAUAUAGGGUCGGUCCUGGCAUGUAUCUGAAGCUGGGACCCGGGGCUAAUAGCGCUCGGCAGCGAUCACUGUGCCGCUCGCUAUUAACCCUUUAGACGCGGCGUUCAAAGUUGAACGCCGUGUUUAAAACGAAAGUGAAAG